AUGUUCAAAGUUUACUUGCUCGUAUUGCUCGCUGUUGCUGCUCAACGAGUCAGCGCCGCUGUUGGCGUCUGGGGCCAGUGCGGCGGAAUAAAUUACACUGGCGAGACAACCUGCGUUUCUGGGGCGACGUGUGUGUACCAGAACGACUGGUAUUCUCAAUGCCUACCCGGAGCUGCGACCACUGCCGCACCAACGACCGUCGCCCCGACGACAACUGGCGGUACCACCCCCACUCAGAACCCUCCUGCCACUGGUUCGGGUUUGCACGCCAAGUUCGUCGCCAAGGGCAAGCAGUUUUGGGGCUCCUGCGCAGAUUCUGCUCUGCUCAACAAGCCAUCUAACGUUGCUAUAUUGAGGUCUGACUUUGGUCAGGUUACACCUGAAAACUCCAUGAAGUGGGAUUCUCUUCAACCCAACCGUGGAACCUUCAACUUCGGAAACGCGGACACCCUCGUCAACUGGGCUGUCUCCAAUGGCAAGCUCAUCCGCGGUCAUACCCUCGUCUGGCACUCGCAGCUCCCUGGCUGGGUCCAAGGCAUCAACGACAGGUCCACGUUGACCAGCGUCAUCAACACCCACAUUGCCACCGCUGCUGGACGUUGGGCAGGGAAGAUCCAUGCUGUAAGCCACUGGGAUGUCGUCAACGAAUGUCUUAACGAAGACGGAACCAUGCGCCAAAGUGUAUUCUUCAACGUCCUCGGAGAAUCCUUCGUCACGCUUGCGUUUCAAGCUGCUCGCGCUGCUGACUCGACAGCUAAGCUUUACAUCAACGACUACAACUUGGACUACAACAAUGCGAAGACACAAGGUAUUGUCGCCCUGACCAGGCGCGUCAACGCCAACGGCAAGUUGAUCGACGGUAUUGGCACACAGAUGCAUCUCGAGGCUGGUGGUGUCACAGGUGUCCUCGCUGCCCUAACCGCCCUCGCAGGCGCAGAUGUUGAUGUUGCCAUCACCGAGCUCGACAUCAAGGGCGCUGCCUCCAACGACUACGUCACAGUCGUCCGCGCCUGCCUCCAGACUCCAAGAUGCUUGGCUAUCACCACCUGGGGUGUCAGCGAUGUUGACUCGUGGAGAGCGUCGAACACUCCUCUCCUCUUCGACUCCAACUACAGGCCCAAGGCUGCGUACAACGCCGUCAUUUCUGCUCUCUCUUAA